UUUAGGCGCCGAGAGUUUUCCUGGAGGAAAUCCAGAGCCUGAGAAGUCAAAGAAGACAGCAGAAAUGACAAGAGCAGCUCUAACAACUUUUUUGAUGGUUGAGAGAAGACAGAAAAGAGAACACAAUAGAUUCACGGUAUAUUAAAGCAGCAAGAAUAUAUGAAUGCAUUACCUGCUGGUGCCCUGCAAUAACCCUGCCAUCUGGAAACAGGUAGUUGGCCACAGAGCACACAGGAUUCUCCAUCCCCAGACUCUUGCAGUGCUCUUUUGCCUGCAGACAGGCAUAAUUAUACUGAUCCUGAGGUCUACCAAUGACUGACAGCAUCCCACUGGGAACCAGUUCUGAGGCCUUCUGCAUAGUCUCCGCUCGCACCAGGCUGAGAUGCAGGUGAAGGAAAAGGAGGCUGAACAACAGAAGAAGAGGAUCAGGGAGCUGGAGCUGACACAGCAGCAGCUGGAAGUUGCCCUUAAUAUGGAGAUCCAGGCUCGGCUGGAGGAGGAGAGGGCCAGACUGGAGCUUGAGCGGUUGCUGCAGGCUGAAGAUGAAAAGAGGAAACAUUUCCAGCUCCUCCAGGAGCAGCAACGUACAAUGCAAAACCUCAGCCCCAUACAGGAGCUGUCAGAUGGCAGUCCCGAUGAGGACACCCCCUCAGCCCUCAACUCUGCCUCUCAGGAGCUCCAGGAUCUGCAGGCAUCUCGCCAAAGAAGCCACCAGCGUCUGGAGGAGGUUCAGGAGAGGCUGAGGAAUGCCAGUCAACAUGUACGGCACUGGAACAUCCAGCUGAACCGACUGAUGACCCCCAUUACUCCUGCAGAGCGACUGGAAAGCCGGCUGUUAUCAAAGCCCACAUGCCCUAAAAAGGAGGGCGCGCUGGCCAGUAAUGAGUUCAUCACUAAGUUUAAGAUAAGAGUUGAUCAGAAUAGAGGCGAUGAUGAAAGUCUGGAGCAUCAGUUGGAGGCUGCCAACCUGUCUGAUGAAUCGUUCGAGGCCCAGACAGAAGUCAACGGACUAAUAUGAUCACAGACAUUUAAAAAACGCGAGUUGAGAGU